GAGCUCUGAAUUCUUAAAACUCUCAUGCAUACAUAGAUUCUGUACCUUCCACAGGUACAGAACCCUCACAGCUUCUUCUUCUUCAAUUCAUCUUCAUCUAGGACCUCAGAGUCGUCGUCGGCAACUCUUGUUGUUAUUCUUCUCUGUUAAAUCAAUACAAGAAAACAAAAACAGAUCGAAGUGAUCGAUAUGGCGUACCACAACCACCUCUCCGGAGACUUACCUCUUCACCACUUCACAGACCAAGCCCAACAGCAGCAGCAGCAACACAACCAGUCUUUCAUGUCCGACCAACCCGACCCGAAUUCCAAGUCCACGGAGCCUCACAACCCUUAUCAAACCGCUCCCAAUUGGCUCAACAGCGCCCUCCUCCGCACCCAGUACGCCACAACCACCUCCGGCGCUGACACCAGCAACGGCGGUGGAGGAGGUACUAAUUUCCUCAACCUCCACACAGCCUCCGACUCCACCGCCGCCUCCCAGGCCUCCAACCAAUGGCUAUCCCGCCCGAUCCUACAGCGCAACCACAGCGACGUCAUCGAUGACGUCGCUGCCGGCCCCGGCGACUCCAUGAUUGCGGGGGCCAUGUCCCACGACUCCGCCGACAUGAAAAACGACGCCGCCCUGAAUAACAAGAGCGAGGGUGGCGUCGCGGUCGAGAGCGGCGGAGGGGACGGGGUCAUGAACUGGCAGAAUGCGAGGCAUAAGGCCGAGAUUCUAGCGCACCCGCUUUACGAGCCGCUUCUAUCGGCACACGUGGCGUGCCUGAGGAUCGCCACGCCGGUGGACCAGCUGCCGAGGAUCGACGCUCAGCUGGCUCAGUCGCAGAAUGUGGUGGCUAAGUACUCUGGUAUGAGUCACGGCAUGGUCGGCGACGAUAAGGAGCUUGAUCAGUUCAUGAGGCAUUAUGUUUUGUUGCUAUGUUCUUUUAAAGAGCAACUGCAACAACACGUCCGCGUCCAUGCAAUGGAAGCAGUGAUGGCUUGCUGGGAGAUUGAGCAAUCACUACAGAGCCUAACAGGAGUUUCCCCCGGGGAGGGAACGGGUGCUACAAUGUCUGAUGAUGAUGAAGAGCAAGUAGACAGUGAUGCAAACUUGUUUGAUGGGAGUAUGGAUGGCCAUGACAGUAUGGGAUUUGGCCCUCUUAUCCCGACAGAGAGCGAAAGGUCCUUGAUGGAGCGCGUAAGGCAGGAGUUGAAGCAUGAACUGAAACAGGGUUACAAGGAAAAAAUUGUAGACAUAAGGGAGGAGAUUCUGCGCAAGAGAAGAGCCGGAAAGCUUCCCGGUGACACCACCUCCGUCCUGAAAGCUUGGUGGCAAUCACAUUCCAAGUGGCCAUAUCCAACUGAGGAAGACAAGGCUAGGUUGGUGCAAGAAACUGGUUUACAAUUGAAGCAGAUAAACAAUUGGUUCAUCAAUCAAAGGAAGAGGAACUGGCACAGCAAUCCUUCAACCUCCACAGUUUUAAAAAGCAAGCGCAAAAGCUACUUACGCCUGUUGGAACAAGAAGACUACAAGAUUCAAGUGAAAGGAAUUAUCAUACUUUGUUUUGACAGAAAGAAAAAGGCUAACACGAUUAUGAGCAUUCGAUACAGGUAUGCUCAAGUGCUGCAUUGGGCGAAUGCAUGUAAUAUCAUAUCAGUAGGAAUUCAGCAACUAGGAACUAUGCUACUGAAAAACCGAAUUGGAUAGUCCAAUAGAUCGCUUAUAAAUUUUUGUUUAUAAUCUUCAUUGUAUGUGAAUAAGGAAAGUGGUUUACAGUGUAAUAGCCUGAGCAGUGGUUUCUUGCAUC